GGUAGAUAGAUGGAUCAUGGGAAAUAAAUAAAGGAGGCAAGGCCCUGGAGCUCCUUAUCUGGAACGGAACUGGGGACUAUUUUCGUUGUCCCGGGACUUCAAACUUCUUUCUCCGAGAUUCCAUUUUCCUAAUACAGAUGGUCGCUCUAACCCCUCUCGUCUUCCCCCUCUACUUCUUUUAGCAAAUGGAACAUUCCAAUCUGCCCCGGGUCUCUUUUCCCCCAUUCGAUCUGACACUAGGUUGCUAGGAACGCCUCCAGGGUUGCCAGGGAAAGCCCCGGACGUGACGCAAGAUUGUCGUUCAGCCCCGAACUCCCAUCCCAACCUUUUCUACGCUAGGGCGCUCUCCCCGCCUCCUGCCCAUCCCCCACCUCUUCCCCCCUCUUUCUCCCUUCCCCCCCACCGGGGACUCUGGAAUAGGGGGGAAGUAAACAAGGGGAGAAACGAAGCUCACAGAUCCAGACUGGAGCAUGCUGGAGUCCUGGAGGCCCCGAUUCCCCACGCUGGGAGUCGUGUUCAUAUUGGCCUUGCUGCCUCUCCUACUGCUCACGGCUCCGCAAUCCCCCAAAGCUCCCUACAAGCCUAUCAUCAUAGUGCAUGGACUCUUUGACAGCUCUGCCACCUUUAGGCACCUGCUGCAGUACAUCAACCAGACCCAUCCAGGGACACUGGUGACAGUGUUGGAUCUCUUUGAUGGGGGAGAAAGUCUUCGACCACUAUGGGAACAGGUACAAGGCUUCCAGAAAGCUGUGACCCCUAUCAUGGAACAGUCUCCUCACGGAGUACAUCUCCUCUGUUAUUCCCAGGGAGGCCUCAUCUGCCGGGCCCUACUCUCUGUUAUGGAUGAACACAAUGUGGAUACUUUUAUCUCCCUCUCAUCUCCACAAAUGGGGCAGUAUGGAGAUCCCCACCACCCAGACUUAUACCUCAAUGCCAGCAGCUUCCUGGCACUUAUCAAUGGAGAAAGAGAUCAUCCGAAUGCCACUGUAUGGCGGAAGAACUUUCUCCGUGUGAAGCGUGUGGUUCUGAUUGGGGGACCCGAUGAUGGUGUAAUAACUCCUUGGCAGUCCAGUUUUUUUGGCUUCUAUGAUGCAAAUGAAACAGUAUUGGAGAUGGAAGAGCAGCAGGUUUAUCUCCUGGAUUCAUUUGGGUUGAAAACCCUCUCUGCUCGAGGGUCCAUUGUGAGGUGUCCUACACCUGGGAUUCCCCACACUGCUUGGCACUCGAACCGCUCACUCUAUGAAGCCUGCAUUGAACCUUGGCUUUCUUGAGAGCAUUCUUGGAUAGCCCAAGAACUCUAAACCUGGAGAUGCCAAGCCUGUCUCUUUGAAGAUCCAGCAAUGAGCCCUGGCUGUUCUAUUACCUCCUGGCUGUUUGACUUCUACCAAGCUGCUGCUUCGAUUAAAAGGGGCCUCCUAGAUCUACAACCUCCCAGCUAUCUGACCUUCUUCCCUCUCUCAUCCCCAUAUCCUCUCGUUCUGGGAGGAAGGUAGAAAAUUGGAUUUUAAUCUUUUGGCUGCUGCUGUCCCUGUACUUUGGGGAUGUGAAGGGAGAUCCCAGUACUUUCUUUCAUAACGGGAGUUUCCUCUAAGUGACUCAGGACAUUUCUAGUUUCUCUUCCUCAUGUAUUCCCUCAGCCUCCAGGAGGACAUUUUGGAGUGGGAGAUCCCCCAAUGGGAUGAUCCCAGGGACAAAUCUGUUUUUGAAUUAUCAGUAUUGGGGUAUCCAUGGCUUAUAAGCCUGUCUCAGGCUUGGGGUAGUCCCUACCCUCUCUCUUUGGGAUCUCCCGUGGAAGCUGUUUCUCUGAAGAUCCUACUCCAUAAACCCCAUCUUUGUGUAAAGGGGAUGUUUUCUCUGUAUUUAUGGAAAUAAAAUUCCAUUUGUUCAACAUAAA